GUUCAGGUUGGCGACCGGCCGCCGACAAAGGCAGCUGCGCAAGUCGCAGUCGCCAUCUUUCGGAAACGAAGAAUUUUUCCACAUUUCUCUCUGUAAUUUAUUUCCUAUUUCACCGGCUUUCUAAGCUCCAUUUCUGCCCAUAUGUGACGACUAAAAAUGUCCUCGACCAACAGUAGAAAGAAAGAAUUACAAUCCUCAACGGAAGGCUCAAACGAUGCUGAUGGUGAGAGACCUCAAGCUAAGAAAAGAAGGACAGAGGAUUCUGGAUCAGCAAAGAGCACCCAAAAUGGAAAGAAGCGUAAGAGAGAGGAUGAUAAUGAGGAAGAUGCAAAUGUCUUGGAUGAUGAACUGACUGUAAAGAAGUCAAAUGCAGCCUCAGAUAAAGACUCUCUUUCUGGGGACACAAAUGUAAAUGCUGAUGAAAACAAGGAAGAUGAACAGUCAAAAGCCGAAGCAGUUGCAAAGCAUUUUGGUCUUAACAAUGUUGAAGUGAAUCUUUCGGAAGAGAAUGAACAAGGAAUGACCUAUUUGAAGUUCAACAAACUGAUACGACCCCUGAUUGUUGAAGCCAAUCCUGGAACAGCACAUACCAAGGUCAACUCGCUUCUUGGAGCAAUUUGGAGUGACUACAAGAGGAAGAAAGGCAAAGACACCAGCUCUUCAAAUACACCAAGUCCUAAAGCAGCCGGAAAAGCUAAGAAGCAGAAAAACACAUCCAAAUCUACCAAGGCAUCCAAACAAUCUAAGGAGAUUGUUGAGUUAUCAGAUGGAGAUGACUCUGAACCUGUGUCUGGUCCUGAAGUGGAGGAUGAUAAUGAAGUCGUUGGUGAAAAGAAUGGCACUUCAAAACAAAGAACUAAGAUUAAAAUGGUUUUUAAACCAAAAUCAAAGGGAGCUAAAGGAGACAAAAAAGCAAAAAUCCAGGAUGAUGACAGUGACCGAGGAAGUGAGGCCAGCUCAGGUAGCAGAUCAAAAAGGACUAAUGGCAGAGCAAGUGGUAAAGCUAAGGCUAACAAGAAAAAGACUGAUGAGGCAGUUGAUGAAGACAGUGAUACAAGCCAAGCUAGCGGAAAACCCAUCAAGAAAAAGGCAAGAAGCACACUGAAAAUGAAAAAGGAAAAGGUUAUCAUCAGCAAAAAGAAGAAAGAAAGGAAGAAAAGUACUGGGAAUGAUGAAGAUAACGUUAUGAGUGUGGAUGAACAUCAGGAUUACUGUGAGGAAUGUGAAGAGGGUGGAGACCUGUUACUCUGUGAUACAUGCACACUGUCAUUUCACUUGAGAUGUCUUGAUCCUCCACUUGAUGAGCCACCACAGGGACGUUGGAGUUGUCCUGUCUGUGAAGAUGAAAUGACAAGCGAUUCUAGUGAAGACAUGCACAGCGAUUAUUGCCGCGUGUGUAAAGAUGGCGGACAAUUGCUUUGUUGUGACAGCUGUCCAUCAGCUUAUCACUUGCACUGCUUGAUUCCACCCAUGAAAAAAAUACCUGGUGGAGACUGGAGGUGUCCAAGAUGCAAGAGUGAACCACUAAAAGGCAAAGUUGAGAGAAUUCUCCACUGGCGUUAUGUUAACCUUCCAGUUGAAGGUACUGUGCUUGAUGCAGAUGGGAACGAAGAGCUAACUGAACCUGAGACCUAUGAAACAAGGGAAUUCUUUGUCAAAUGGGUGGACAUGUCUUACUGGAAUUGUUCAUGGAUAACUGAACUUCAGCUGGAGAUUUACCACCCCAGCAUGUACCGAGCAUACUUCCGUAAGAAUGACAUGGAAGAACCUCCUCCAGUUGAUGAUGGUGACGAAGACAAGGAGACACCAGCACAUGUUAUACAAAACAGUAAGGCAGAGGAUGAGAGUAACCUGGAGGCAAGGUUUUACAGAUAUGGAGUGCGACCAGAGUGGCUACAGAUUCAUCGCAUCUUGAGACAUAGGGUUACAAAGCAAUCCAAAGAAAUGUAUUUUAUCAAAUGGCGAGAUGUUCCAUAUAACCUGAGUACAUGGGAAAACACAGAAGAUCCUGUGAACUCUCAAAUCAGUGAUUUCAAGGACCACAUAGCAAAAUACAAAGAACUCAGAGAUGCUUAUGAGAAGAAAAACAGCACCAGUAAGAAAAAGCCACACAAGCAAAAGAAAGUCAAGAAAGCAGCACCAAUCGGUGAUGAUGAAGAUCCUAAUUCAGAUUCUGAAUCAUCAAAGGUUGAUAAUGCAGAUAAACCUGAAACCGAUCCUCGUGAUAAGUAUGAUGAGCAGCCAGACUACAUAACAGCAUGUGGUGGGAAGCUGCAUGAUUACCAAUUGGAAGGAUUAAACUGGUUACGGUUCUCCUGGGCCCAGGGUACAAACACUAUCCUGGCUGAUGAAAUGGGUCUUGGCAAGACAAUUCAGACUAUAACCUUCUUGUACUCUAUCUGGAAGGAGGGUCACUCUCCAGGUCCGUUUUUAAUCAGUGCUCCUUUGUCUACGAUUAUCAACUGGGAAAGAGAAUUUGAAUUUUGGGCUCCUGACAUGUAUGUGGUCACUUAUGCUGGAGAUAAAGUCUGCAGGGCAACCAUCAGGAAUAAUGAUUUUUCUUUCGAUGAAGAUUCUGUCAAGUCUGGUUUAAAACCUCAUAAAUUGAAGAAGGACCACCCUGUCAAGUUCCAGGUGCUGUUGACGUCAUAUGAACUUGUUUCAAUUGAUAUGACUACCCUGCAGUCCAUUGACUGGGCUGUGCUGGUGGUAGAUGAAGCUCACAGACUUAAGAAUAAACAGUCUAAGUUUUUCAAGAUUUUAAGUGAAUAUUCUAUUGACUAUAAGCUGCUGUUGACGGGAACCCCUCUACAAAAUAACUUAGAAGAACUGUGGAACCUUCUUAACUUCUUGGAUCCGAGAGAGUUUAGAAACCAGAACAGUUUUCUGACAGAGUUUGAGGAUGUUGCUAAAGAAGAUCAAAUCAAGAAGCUUCAUGAUAUCCUGGGUCCUCACAUGCUGCGUCGUCUGAAGGCAGAUGUCUUGAAAGGAAUUCCUUCCAAAAGUGAGCUCAUUGUGAGAGUGGAGCUGAGUCCACAGCAAAAGAAGUACUACAAGUACAUUCUAACAAGAAACUUUGAGGCUCUCAAUACUAAAGGAUCUCACCAAGUGUCCCUAUUGAAUGUGAUGAUGGAGCUCAAGAAGUGCUGCAAUCAUCCUUACUUGUUCUCUUCUGCUGCACUGGAAGCCCCAAGAGGUGCCAAUGGUAACUUUGAUUCAGCAGCCUUGACCCGUGCCUCUGGUAAGCUAGUGCUGCUUGAAAAGAUGUUGAAGAAAUUACAAGAGGAGGGACAUAGAGUGCUUAUCUUUUCUCAGAUGACAAGAAUGUUGGACCUCUUAGAAGACUUCCUUGAGGGACAUGGUUACAAAUAUGAGAGAAUUGAUGGAACCGUUAAUGGAUCAGCCAGACAGGAAUGUAUUGAUAGGUUUAAUGCUCCUGGUGCACAGACAUUUUGUUUUUUGUUGUCCACUCGAGCUGGAGGUCUUGGUAUCAACUUGGCUACUGCUGACACUGUGUUCAUUUAUGAUUCUGAUUGGAAUCCACAUAAUGAUAUUCAGGCAUUCAGCAGAGCACAUAGAAUAGGCCAGAACAACAAGGUCAUGAUUUAUCGUUUUGUCACAAGAGCCAGUGUCGAGGAGCGCAUCACACAGGUUGCCAAGAAGAAAAUGAUGCUGACGCAUCUUGUGGUAAGGCCCGGCCUGGGAUCAAAUAAAGCGGCUGUGAUGUCCAAGAGUGAGCUGAAUGACAUUCUCAGAUUUGGUACACAAGAACUUUUUAAGGAUGACAAUGCCAAGGAUGGAGAUUCUGGUGACUCGGGGCGUAUUGAUUAUGAUGAAAAGGCUGUGCUUUCGUUGUUGGAUCGGACGAGCAGCCAUGAUGACGCACCUGAUGAAGAAAAAGACAUCAUGGCCAAUGAAUAUCUUGCUUCCUUCAAGGUGGCAAGCUACGUGGUGAAGCAGAAGGAUGAAGAUGUUGAAGUCCUCAAGCAAGACGCAGAGACUGCCGACCCUGACUACUGGGAGAAACUUCUUCGUCAUCACUAUGAGCAGUUCCAAGAAGAUGAAGCAAGACAUCUUGGAAAGGGGAAGAGAAUCAGAAAACAGGUCAGCUAUGUGGACGGAGGCAUGGAAGAUCAGGAAGAAUCAGCUUGGACCAAUAAUCUGUCAGACUACGAAGACGAUGGGUACAGUGAUGUUGAUGAGGAGGAAUCUGAUGAAGAAUUCAACCAGAAAACUGAAGGUCGUCAACGAAGGGGUGGUCGAGGCGCUUCUGAUAGGGAUGUUACUCCUCCUCUUCUGGCAAAGGUUCAAGGCAACUUGGAGGUGUAUGGCUUCAACCUGCGACAGCGGAAGGCAUUCCUGAAUGCAGUCAUGAGAUAUGGUUUGCCCUCUCCUAAGGGUUCUCGUAGAUCCCAAUGGUUUGCGAGAGAUCUCCGCGGAAAAUCAGAGAAAGCAUUUCAGGCGUAUGUGGCCAUGUUUCUGCGUCACCUGUGUGAGCCUGGUACGGACAACAGAGAGACGUUUAAUGACGGAGUGCCUCGUGAAGGAAUACAGAGAACACAAGUACUGACCAGGAUCGGCAUCAUGAGCCUUAUAAGGAAGAAGGUGGAAGAGUUUGCUCAUAUCAAUGGCUGGGAAGCUUAUCCCGAGGAAGACAGUUUGACAGACAAGCCGUCAAGUAAGACAUCAUCACGUGUAUCCACGCCUGUAGCGGAAGUCGACAGCAAGAAGGCUGAACCGGAAGUGGUAAAAACGGAGACAAAACCAGAAAAGAAAGACCAGGCCGAAGAAAUCAAACCCGAGCCGAUGGAGGUCGACAAAGAUGAAGCAGUUAAAACAAGCGACAAAGAAGACAAAGAUGCUGUGAAACAAGAAAAUGGCGAAGCAGCAAGCGUUACCCCAGAUAAAAGUGAAGAUGGCAAAGAUGCAGUGGAUGAAGAUAAACAGGACCAAACUGACGGUGAUUCUAACACGGAAAAAGAGUCUAAAAUGGAGGUGGACCCGCCCAGCGUGAACGAGGCAAGCCCAAAAGACCGGGAUGAAAGCGAAAUAUCUGACAAAACAGAGCCCAUGGACAAUCAGGAAAAAGGAGAAACGGCAGCUGAAGAUGGCAAACAUGCUGAACAAAAGGAAGUCAGUGGUGACAGUGAUGAAAAGGUUGAUAAAACCGGUGACUCUGAUAAAACUUUGGACCAAAACAAUGUUGAUUCUGGUGAAAAGAAUGAUGACAAUAAUGUUGCUUCUGAUGAAAAGAGAGAUGAUAGUGAAGCGAAAGUCGACGAGGGUGAGGAAGAGACCAAAACAGAAUCGGGAGAAUCUAAAGGUGAUAUUGAAAAGGAUUCAUCGGACAAGAAGGAAAAAGGUGAAAAGCCAGAGACGGUUAAGGAAGUUGAAAAUCCCUCCGAAAAGGCUUCAGAGCCAAUGGAGACGGAUGACACAUCGGACAAACCAACGGAGCCACUUGAGGAGAGCGAGAAGAAAUCCGAAAAAUCCGAAUCUGAUGAAGGUAGCGAAAAGCCUUCUGAGAAAACGGACUCUAAUCAAAAGCAGGAGAAAAAUAGCGAGACAGUUGAAUCGGAUCAGAAGACAACAGAGAAAACAUCAGAAAAGUCUGAAGAGGUUCCAAAAACGGAGCAAUCUGAGGUGAAAUCUGACACUGCCACGACUCAAAAAUCAGAGAAAUCCCCCGACAAGACGACUGUGACUUACAAGGCUGGCAGCAGUGUGCUUGGAGAUCGGCGUCGAUUCAUGUUUAACAUUGCUGAUGGAGGGUUCACGGAGCUACACACGCUGUGGGAGGUGGAGGAGAAGAGAAAGUGUGACGACAUCUGGUGGAGAUGCCAUGAUUACUGGCUGCUAGCGGGAGUUGUCACUCACGGUUAUGGUCGGUGGCAGGACAUUGCUAAUGAUCGCAAGUUUUCAGUGGUUAACGAGCCUUUCAAGAAUGUUACUCUGGAAUACAAGAACCGGUUCAUCGCACGACGUUUUAAGUUGUUAGAACAGGCGCUAGUGAUAGAGGAACAACUGAGAAGAGCUGACUCCAUGAAGCUCAGGCAAGAUGCUAACCACCCAGCCAUGGCUCUUAAUGCAAGGUUUGCAGAGCUGGAGUGUUUGGCGGAAAGUCAUCAACAUUUGUCCAAGGAGUCCCUAGCAGGGAACAAGCCGGCCAAUGCUGUGCUUCACAAAGACACAAUGCCUCGUUCCAAAAACUUGUUAUGGAGAGAACAGGACAUGGUUGCUGCAGUUCAAAGUGUUAGAAGUGGGAAACUUUCAAUUCGUAAAGCAGCGGCCGAAUAUAAUGUCCCAAAAUCUAGCCUUGGCAAUCGUGUUAAUGGGAGGGUAGAACAUGGAAAAAAGAAUGGCCCUGAAACACUUCUCGACCCUGCUGAGGAGGCCGAGCUAGCAGCCUUUUAUCUUACGCUUGUCAGUAAACAUGGAUAUGCAAAGAGAAAGGACAUUGUAAUGCGCCUGGCCACCCAUAUGGCGGAAAAACGAGGAAAAGAGGUGAAAAAGGGAUGUGUGUCGGAGAAGUGGUGGCAAAAUUUCCUGAAACGCCAUCCAGAAGUUUCGAAGCGUGCUUCCCAGAACGAAACGGUGGACACUGCAAGAGUCCAAGCCUGAAUUACAGUCACCAGUCAGUGCUCCAUCAAGUCCUGUCAUCGCAUCGUCUCAUACCAGGACUUAUCCAGGGUCACUGUUCUCAGUUUCCGGGAAGUUGCCCGUUCAGCAACAUAACUGAUGCCUUGGUGUCUGUCGAAGAGCGAAUUGAGAGGGAGCAAAAGAAAAGGUCUCGCCGUGGGCUUGAAAAUGAAACACCUGACGAAGUUUACAAUAAUUUCAAGGUGUUGUUGACGCAGACAGGCAGGCAAGAAGCCGUGUGUCCUCGUAAACUAGCUUUGUCUUGCUCCUUCCUGUAAGGGUUCAGGUUACUGUAGCUGUCUGGGUCGUGGAAUGGGUGCAAAGGAAAGUUUCCAACCGUCAAUAGCAGGAACUGAUUCCCCAGAAUUCUCAGGCCCUAGCCGCACGUGAUUUCUACACCCUCUGGAACCGAGAUGUCCACCUUUGCGACAUAAUGCUGCAACUAAUGCAAGGACACUUGAAGGAAAAAUAAGAAAUAAGGAAAAAAAAAAGACUUGUGAAAGGAGAAAAAAAUAAACGAAUGCGUAGACAAACAAGAGCCAGAGUGAGAGGGUGUUACUUGGAUGAGGUGCCCGGAUAUUCCUGUGCGAAGUGCGGUGGACAGUAGGAUUCAGACAGGAGUUCAUAAAUGGAGUAUGGUUAUUGCGAUGACUGGUACUACUUCAAGUGUACGAACCUGCUUGUACUAGACGGCCUUGGCGACCGUGUCGAUCAUUUUUUUUCUCAUCAACAUUAAGUGACAGUUUGACUUUGUUGUUUUUUCAUGAGAUCUCCGAGGACUGAUUUUCUUUUUUAACAGCUUAUUGGCUUUAAUACAGUUGUUUAAAUUUACCAGUGUAUCUGAGAAACUGACCAAGAACUGACUGCCAAUGUAAGAGCGUAAAUUCGUAGUUUUGUCGCGUUUUCUCUAAGAAGACAACGAAAUGCUUAUCUCUUUGCUAGCAACAAUAAAAGUUGAUGAAUUCAAGAGAACUACACGCAUCGAGUUUCGUACGUUUGAAGGAUUGAAUCAGUUGUGAGAAUUUACAAGUUUAUCAGAAAACUUUAUCUUGCACGUUUUUUAGUCACCAAUUUUAAGACGGAAGAAAAAGAAACAAUCACUCCCCCAUUGAGUUUCUAUAGAGUUGAAGAAAUAGGGCUUGUAGUGCGCACAAUCUACAGGUUGUUUUUACCAUUUACCGUUUGUCGAAGGCCAGUUUGUACAUUUAGACUGAAGUUGAUUUCGGAAGAUUACGUAAAGCCGCCAUAUGGGAUUUUAAGGUCUUCCAGUAGUCGUUGUUCAAACACUGAAGACAAAGUUGUUAGUUUAUCCGUAACAGAAUUUACGUUAAACGUCAAAAUAGGUCCUUUCUGUAUAUCAGUUAUAGUAAAACGCGGGGUAUAGUAUUGAAUAUAUAGAGAAAAUAUUUUGCACAAGAAUUGAUUAUUGCAAGUAAAUUCUGCGUUCUGCUGCCGUUAUCGUGCAUAAUUUACUUACUGACAAACCCUUUUAUACCCCUAAAUGUGCCAGAUCACAAAAGAAAAACUUCACGCAAUGAUUACAAAAAUGCUGUUGUACCUCUGGUUUUGAACGCGGUGCGCGUGGAGUUCUGGGCCAGUUGCACGCGCAAAUUUAGACACAUUUCGCAUUUCGCGACCUGACCUAACAGAGCCCAAAAAUAAAAUCAGAACAAGAAAUAUACUGCCAAUCGAGGUUAUUUUGGUGAGCUGGUGAUCAAUGGUUUGAAGUGUCCGACAAUAGGUACGAAUACCUUAUUGUAGCGAUAUGAGUUCAUGAUCGACGUCCUUAGUUUCUCCCUCACGUGCCUGGUUGUUACUAAGUCCUCGAAUAAUUGGAGUCAAUUUGUAUAUAGCAAGAUGCCUUCAAUAUGAAAAGUCAUUUUCUAAUGACGAAAGAUGUAAACAGCGACAUGGAGAUCCCCCCCUAUUGAAGAAUUUACCAUUUCCAUCCCGUCCCUAUUACAGUCAGCAAGUUUGCCCAAACUUACGAAUCUUAACUUGAUGAAGACUGCAAGUUUAAGUUAACAAGUUACCCGAGUUUUUUUUAAUAACUGU